UUAUUAUUCAAUAUUCGUAGAACACAUAUAUAAUAACUUUAUGGACUCAUGAUAUUGGCAAAAAUAAGUAUUAUAUUGAUAUUUAUAGUUGAAAUAGGAUUAGGGAAAAUUUAAUCCGUAGUUUAUGAGCACAACUGCUGAAAUAUGGCAUUCAGGUUAUCGAAUAUUUUUACCUUGAACUUACUGAAGGAAAAACCUAUAGGCUUCUUAGUAGCAUGCAAUAACAACCUGAAGGAAACAGUUCGCUUUAGUCGACAAAAACACUGGAAUCCAAAAUUUAAAUGGUUACGUGCGCAAAAAGUAAUCAAAGUAGAUCUUCCCAAUUUUAGAGAAGAUACUGAGAGUCUUAGCGAAGAAGAGAUGAAGUCUAGAAUGAAAGAAAGGGGUUUACUUCCAAGAGCACCUUAUAUUGAAGUACCUAUUUAUAUAAGUUCAACUGGAGGUAUUUUUGAACCAUAUAUACCACCUGAAGGGGAUGGAAAAGUGUCUCCUAUAUCAGCACAGGGUGCAAAACAAAAAUUACAAUUCCUUGAAAAGAAAUCAAAAACAAUGAUGGCAAUCAGGAAAGUAAGGCAAUUUGAGGAAGAUUUUGAAACUCCUAAAUUCUUGAAGCAGGUUGAAGAAAUAUAUAAAAAAAUGCAUGAAUGUAUGGCUAAGCAAGAUUUAGAAGAAAUUCAACAGUAUAUCACAGAAAAAGCUUAUCCUGAAGUAAUCCAUAAUUUGGAAUCCAAGACUAUUAGAUGGAGGUUUUUGGAUAACAUUGAAUUGCCUUAUAUUGUGCAUGCUAGGUGGACAGAUGUUAUAAGCAAGGAAAAUAUUUUUGCACAAAUAACUGUUAGAUUUCAUACUAAGCAGUGUCUAGCAAUAUAUGACAGAUUUGGAAGAUUGAUGCAUGGAAGUGAAAUAUUAGCAAAAGAUGUUUUAGAAUAUAUAGUUUUUGAAAAACAUUUAUCUAAUGAGUAUGGUAAAUGGAGGAUACAUUCUAAAAUUAUACCGGAUUGGUUACCACCAAAGGAACCUUGUAAAAAUACAUAUAUUAAACCCAAAGAGCCAACUGUUGAAGAAUUGACAGCAAAAGAUAGUAUUGGUGAAAAAGCUAUUGUAGAAGAGUCGUCUCCUCCAAAAAUUGAAGGAAGAACUGAAAAUGUAGCAACUGUGUAAUAUGAAACUUGAAGAGUCAUAAUAAACAUUAAAGAGUU